CGCCCCGCUCCGCCCCGCCCCGCCGGCGGCCGGGGGCUCGCUCACCCCGCGGGCGGAGCAGCGGGCCCGGGGCCGGGAUCCUCCUCCCGCUCCCUACGCGCCGCUCCGACGUCAGGCGCGGGAGCGGGAGGCAGUGCCCAGCGCCGCCGUUGCCAGAGACUCGGCGGCCGCCGGACGGGGUGGACGUCGGGGCGGCGACUCCCGGCGCGGCCCGGCUCCCGGCGAGGGGGUGGAGAGGAGGGCGCUAUGGCCGACGUGUUCCCGGGCUCCGAGCCCGGCGCGGCCCCGGACGCGGCGCGGCGCUUCGCUCGCAAGGGGGCCCUGAGGCAGAAGAACGUGCACGAGGUGAAGGAGCACAAAUUCAUCGCGCGCUUCUUCAAGCAGCCCACGUUCUGCAGCCACUGCACCGACUUCAUCUGGGGAUUUGGGAAACAAGGAUUUCAGUGUCAAGUUUGCUGUUUUGUGGUUCAUAAGAGGUGCCAUGAGUUUGUUACCUUCUCUUGCCCGGGGGCUGACAAGGGACCCGACACUGAUGAUCCCAGAAGCAAGCACAAAUUUAAGAUCCACACGUAUGGGAGCCCAACCUUUUGUGACCAUUGUGGGUCACUGCUUUAUGGGCUUCUGCACCAAGGGAUGAAAUGUGACACCUGUGAUAUGAACGUUCAUAAGCAAUGUGUAAUUAACGUCCCAAGCCUCUGCGGCAUGGAUCACACAGAGAAAAGAGGAAGGAUUUACCUGAAAGCUGAAGUCACUGGUGACAAACUGGAAGUAACAGUGCGAGAAGCGAAAAACCUAAUUCCCAUGGAUCCAAAUGGACUUUCCGAUCCUUACGUUAAACUGAAGCUCAUCCCAGAUCCUAAGAAUGAAAGUAAACAAAAAACAAAAACCAUCCGUUCUACUCUGAAUCCAGACUGGAAUGAGUCAUUCACAUUUAAAUUAAAACCUACAGACAAAGAUCGACGGUUAUCUGUAGAGGUCUGGGACUGGGAUCGAACAACCAGAAAUGAUUUCAUGGGAUCUCUUUCAUUCGGGGUGUCAGAGCUUAUGAAGAUGCCAGCCAGUGGAUGGUACAAGCUGCUGAAUCAAGAAGAAGGUGAAUAUUAUAAUGUUCCGAUUCCAGAUGCCGAUGAAGAUGGAAAUGCAGAGCUCCGGCAGAAGUUUGAGAAAGCCAAACUUGGGCCAGCUGGUAACAAAGUCAUUACUCCAACAGAAGACAAGAACUCAAGUGUGCCGUCCAACAAUCUGGACAGGGUGAAGCUGACAGAUUUCAACUUUCUCAUGGUUCUUGGAAAGGGGAGCUUUGGGAAGGUGAUGCUGGCAGACAGGAAGGGGACAGAGGAGCUCUAUGCAAUAAAAAUACUGAAAAAAGAUGUGGUGAUUCAGGAUGAUGAUGUUGAAUGUACAAUGGUUGAAAAACGAGUCCUGGCAUUGCAAGAUAAACCACCAUUCCUGACACAGCUUCACUCUUGUUUCCAAACAGUGACCCGCCUGUAUUUCGUUAUGGAGUAUGUGAAUGGUGGUGAUCUCAUGUAUCACAUUCAGCAAGUAGGAAAAUUUAAGGAGCCACAAGCAGUGUUCUAUGCAGCUGAGAUCUCAGUUGGGUUAUUCUUUCUCCAUAACAGAGGGAUUAUUUAUAGAGAUCUGAAAUUAGAUAACGUGAUGUUGGAUUCAGAAGGACACAUUAAAAUUGCUGAUUUUGGAAUGUGCAAAGAACACAUGUUAGAUGGAGUAACAACCAGGACCUUCUGUGGCACUCCAGACUACAUUGCACCAGAGAUUAUUGCUUACCAGCCCUACGGGAAGUCUGUGGAUUGGUGGGCGUACGGAGUGCUGCUCUAUGAGAUGUUAGCUGGCCAGCCUCCGUUUGAUGGAGAAGAUGAAGAUGAACUUUUCCAGUCCAUAAUGGAGCAUAAUGUUUCCUAUCCAAAAUCACUGUCCAAAGAAGCUGUCUCCAUCUGCAAGGGGCUAAUGACUAAACAUCCCGCAAAACGCCUUGGCUGUGGCCUUGAAGGUGAGAGAGACAUCAGGGAGCACGCUUUCUUCAGGAGAAUUGACUGGGAAAAACUGGAAAACAGAGAGAUUCAGCCACCUUUCAAACCUAAAGUGUGUGGCAAGGGUGCCGAAAACUUCGAUAAAUUCUUUACACGAGGACAGCCGGUCUUAACACCUCCGGAUCAGCUGGUCAUUGCUAACAUAGACCAAACAGAUUUUGAAGGGUUCUCUUACGUCAACCCCCAGUUCGUACACCCCCUUUUACAAAAUGUAGCAUGAAAAAGCAGAACAGGAACAAAUCCUGCAGUGGGGAACUGUCCUUUAACCCUACAAUUUUUAGGCUUUUGCCUUGUUGAUUCCAUUUGGGCCUGGAAACUGUAGGGUUAGAAAGUGUAAGAUGGGGAAGGGCCACUUAGUCAGGGUUUUGGCUUUGCAACAGCGAUGUUGUCUUAAUGGGAGAUAAAUUAAUGUCCAGUGCCCACUUACUCCUCUAGAAGUCACCCCUGACUUGUCUAAACUUCCCCAGGUUUGGUACGUUAUAUAUUUUUUUAACUUCCCACUGUCCUUGUGCUCCCUUUUCCGCUCUGCUGGGUUAGAAAUAGUCUGACACAUGGUCUGAAAACAGAACCGGCUCAGAUGUUUGGCCCGUCCGUGUGGAUGCUGGGAGAUGGAGCACUCGGCCUCGAGGGACCGCUGCUCCCUGCCCUUCCCGGUGGGUGACUUCAGGGAGACCAGCGCAAAGAGACUGGAACGGCGGCGGCACCGGGCAGGAGAGGCAUUGCAAAAAAAAUGUGGAAAGUAGUUGCUUUGCAAAUGUGGCAGAAACAUGGUGGGAGGGGGGGGAUGAAAUCAAAUUAGACCCUGAGGCUUCGUCAGGCGAUCCUGUAUCAGCACCAAGUUUAAACACACUUCAGCAGUGGCCAGAUCUUUAGGAUCUUUGCUGAGUAGCAUGUGAUAAACUCAAGGGUGAAAUGUUGUCUUUAAUAAUAAUAAUAAUAAUAGUAAUAAUAAUAGUAAUAAUUUUAAUAAUAUUUUUGUGAAUUUUAAUCUCCAUGAGAUUAUUCUGUGAUCCAGGGUGCCAUUGUUUGUUCAGUUAAUUUAAUUUACACCGCUUCUCAAGUUUACUCUUAACCAGUUCUAAUACCAGUAUUUUACUAUGAAAUUUGUUAACCUGGAAUGUCAGACAAACUGUAAUCCUUUAAAUGUUAUUUACAUGUGUUUAUUUAUGGUCCACGGUAUAGGGCAGGAAACUGAAGAAAGCAUUAUGUAUACUAAAUUAACAAAAAAUGCAGCCCCGAGUGACUUCCUGAUUUCUCCAGAAUAACUCACGAAAAUCAAGUGAGAUUUAGUCUUAAAAUAAUCAGGUUUAAUUCAGAAAACUUUGGGCUGUAGAAUAAUCAAGCCUGAAAGAAGCAGCACCUAAAAAUUGUUUUAUUGAUAGAAUGGAAUUUAAUACAUUUUACAUACGCUUCAUGCAAUGAAUUUUGCAUGUUUAGUAAUAACUCUUAAUAAUAAGGGUUAAUAAUAAGCAGAUCUAUAUUAUCAACAUAAUCAUAUCAAGCAUAAGGAGUAUUAUAAAAAUUUUAUAAAACAAAUUGUGCUUUAUUUGUGAAAGUUCUUGUUCUGAAUGACAUCAUUUAGAUUUAGCUAAAUGUUUUAUUGCUGUUGUUUUGAUUUUUACUUUAGGUUUUGGAUAUUGUUAAUGGCUUAGGGUAUAAUCUCUUUUUUUAAAAGUAGAUAUACUUUUAAACAAUAAUUACUACCUGCAGGUUUUAUACGAGGUUCAAUUAGGCUUUCAUUUCACGUCUGCUUAUUACUUACAGAGAAGGAAAUAGACUUUAUUUGCAAUGAUGAACACUGUAAUUAAUGCAAUCUUCUCCUCUCCUAUCACUUAGAUAAAAAAAAAUUUUGAUAUUUCCUCUUACAACUUACCAGAAGAUAUUAAUCCAAAUAUCAGUAAAUAUUUUUUGUGCAUAUUUUGCUUUUGUUACAGCAUGUAAAAUAGUACUCAGUGCUUUUUCCUUUUCUUUUUUCCUUCUGCCUUGUUACUGUUAGCAGCCAUAGGCACUUUUUGUCUGUCAGAUGUGCAUGACGAUAGCAGAAGCAUGAUGUCUCUGUUGCUGCAUGCAGACUGAUUACAAUUUUUCCAGCAUGUAAACAUAUUCAAAAAGUAAGAUAUUUGCCAUAAAAGACUUACAUUUAUACUAGAAUCUGUAACUGGGGGGGGGGUGGGGGGUGGGGGGGGGAGGUGGGCAAUCUGCUUUUAGUCAUCUUUUAUGACAAUAAACCAUGGAACCUGUGCCAAAGAUUGGUAGAAAGAUCCAGUCCUGCAAAUUGGUAGCCAAGUGGAUGGGUCUGACUGACGGGGGUGACCUGUGGUGGAGUGGGACGGUUUGGGAGUCAAACACGGCUGGGUGAUGAACGGCAGCCGUGGGUGCCCCGCGGUGCCCUCAGCCAUCCCUUUGGUGCCUAGGACGCGCCAGUGCCAGCAGCGCUGCGGAAGGUUUGGCUUUUGCCCAGUCGUGGUCCUUUUGCAGCCCCAGCUCCCAGCAAGGAGCAUCUCCCCGGGGAGAAGUGAGCAGGCUUUCGUGGGCGACCCAAACAAUUCUGAGGCACGGGGAAACCCACUAACCCACUAACGAGGGGCAUUGACCCACCAACAAGAACUCAGAUUGUUGCCUAAAUAAACAGAACUCAAAAUUUUUAAAACAUUUUAGGAGUAAAAUUUUGAAACCGUUCUGUGUCAAAUAUGUUAUCAACCAUGUCCGGGAGUUCAUUUUCUUCUUUGUAUAUUAUAUACUUCAAAAAUUAUGGUAUUCACUGUAGAGCAUGUGGACUAGUGCAGUAACCAUGACUAUUUAUGUCUUUCUGAAUAUUAUUAGCCUGCCAUAGGUUAGGAGACUCGAGUAUCGUGCUGUAGAAGAUAAUAAAUUCAACAGAUGACUGAG